UCCGGCAACUGUAUAGUGAAUACAGAUGUAUUAAAAUAAUACGAAGCAAAAACAAAAUCAUAAUUUUUAAACAAAACACCACCGAAAUAAUAUCAAGUACAAGUUUUUUUUGAAUCAGAAUGUCGUCCAUGAAAUAUAUUUUGGUUACGGGUGGUGUUAUAAGUGGUGUUGGCAAAGGUGUCAUUGCGAGUUCGUUUGGAACAAUUUUAAAAUCAUGCGGAAUACAUGUAACUUCAAUUAAAAUUGAUCCAUACAUAAAUAUCGAUGCUGGAACGUUUUCGCCCUACGAACAUGGAGAGGUAUACGUAUUGGAUGACGGUGGUGAAGUUGAUUUGGAUUUGGGAAAUUAUGAACGUUUUUUGGACAUAACCUUACACAAGGAUAAUAAUAUUACUACAGGGAAAAUAUAUCAAACCGUUAUUAAUAAAGAAAGGCAAGGUGACUACUUAGGAAAAACUGUACAAGUAAUUCCACAUAUAACAGACCAAAUUCAAGAAUGGGUUGAACGAGUAGCUAAAAAAUCAGUUAGUCCAGGUGGUGAAGAACCACAAGUAUGUAUUGUUGAACUUGGUGGAACGAUUGGUGAUAUCGAGGGAAUGCCUUUUGUUGAAGCAUUUCGACAGUUUCAAUUUCGCGUGAAAAGGGACAAUUUUUGUUGUGCCCAUGUAUCGUUAGUUCCACAACCUAGAUCAACGGGUGAAGCAAAAACUAAACCAACACAAUCGUCUGUACGUGAACUAAGAGGCCUUGGUUUAUCACCAGAUCUGAUUAUAUGCCGAUCUGAAUCACCCAUUGACAUAGAAAUUAAAAAGAAAAUUUCCAAUUUCUGUCAUGUGGAACCCGAACAAGUAAUUUUUAUACCUGACUUAUCGUCUAUAUAUCGUGUACCGAUUUUAAUGGAAUCACAAGGAAUAUUAGAAUAUUUAAUUGACCGUUUAAAACUAAAUAUUGUUAAACCACAACCACGAAAGUUCAUGCAAAAGUGGCGUGAUCUAGCCGAACGUGUUGACACUUUACGCAAAGAGGUAAAUAUCUCUUUAGUUGGAAAAUAUACUAAACUAGAAGAUUCAUAUACGUCUGUCACGAAAGCUUUGCAACAUGCUGCAAUCGCGGUUGGAUAUAAGCUGAAUUUAAAAUAUAUUGAGGCAGCUAAUUUGGAAAAGGCUACCAAAUUAGAAGAUCCUAUUGCAUAUCACGAAGCUUGGCAACAACUUUGUAAGAGUCAUGGUGUAAUUGUACCAGGAGGUUUUGGAAAACGUGGUAUAGAAGGUAAAAUAGAAGCUUCAACCUGGUGUCGCGAAACAAAGAAACCAUUCUUAGGAAUAUGUCUGGGUUUACAAACCGCUGUUAUUGAAUAUGCACGAAAUGUAUUGAAAAAAGAAGGAGCACAUUCUAAAGAAAUCGAUCCAAUGACACCACAUCCAGUCAUAAUUGAUAUGCCAGAACAUCAUAAAGGUGGUAUGGGCGGUACAAUGCGUGUGGGUAAACGGCGAACAGUAUUCAAGUCAAAUAAAAACUCUAUUCUAAAAAAAUUAUAUAAUAACGUGGACUAUAUCGAAGAAAGGCAUCGUCAUAGGUACGAAGUAAAUCCUGAAUAUAUACAAGAAUUUGAAGCAGCUGGAUUACAUUUUGUUGGUCAAGAUGUUGAUAAAGAACGUAUGGAAAUUAUUGAACUGGCGGAUCAUCCUUAUUAUGUUGGUACACAAUACCAUCCAGAAUACUUAUCACGUCCGUUAUCUCCAUCACCGCCAUUCUUAGGUUUAAUUUUAGCAUCAGUUGGGAAAUUAGCUAGUUAUUUGAAUCGUGGAUGUCGUUUAUCACCACGUGAAUUAUCCGAUUACGAAACAGAUGAUGACGAUAUUUUAAUCAAUCAAUUAUCAGUAUCGACACAUGGAAUAUCUUUAUCUGAUAAUGGUGGUUUAAGCAGCGGCAGUAAUGCGAGUAUGUGAAAUCACAUACAAAGAUAAAGAAGAUCUAUUAUUAUUUUUUUAAUAUACACGGCAGCUUGAUCAUUUGUGGUUUACAUACUGAUCAAGAUAUAUUGAAAAAGGCGCCUGAAAGAAUAUAUAACUUAAGAUUACAAGUAAUUAAUUUUUCAAAAAUCUGUAAUAUUUUAAAUUUUACUCUGAUUAAUUCUGAAAAAGUCUUACUAUUA